UCCACAGCGCCCGCCCCCAACGGGUAGCAAGUUUUCCUGCUGUAUCACCUACAAACUGGACACUCCGGACAAUUUACACUCCAAAAUUGCCUGACAACACUGCCCUUGACCAACGAUGGCCUCCUCCUCAUCAGUUGGAGAUAAUCAACUGCAGAGGAUAAUCAGAGACCUGCAUGAUGCUGUAUUAGAGCUGAGUAAAGAACACAAGGACUGUGCUGAACCUGUAACUGAUGACAGCGCCAACCUGCACAAGUUCUUCUAUAAACUAGAAUACCUGCUACAGUUUGACCAGAAAGAGAAGACAACCUUUCUUGGUCAGAGAAAAGACUACUGGGAUUACUUCUGCGACUGCCUGAUUAAGAUCAAGGGAGCUAACGAUGGCAUCCGGUUUGUUAAGUCCAUCCCCGAGUUGAAGACGUCGCUGGGGAAAGGAAGGGCCUUUAUUCGCUACUCACUCGUUCACCAGCGUCUUGCUGACACACUGCAGCAGUGUCUUAUAAACCAGAAGGUCACAAGUGACUGGUAUUAUGCCCGGAGUCCUUUCCUCAAGUCUCACCUUACUGCUGACAUAAUCAACCAUCUUUAUGAACUCAACCAGAUCCAGUUUGACGUGGCGGCCAGAGGUUACGACCUCGAUGCCGAUUGGCCAUCAUUUGCCAGGCGAACAUUAGGCAGUGCCUCACCAGCGUACCUGUGGAAGCCUCCCAGUCGAUGCUCCAGCAUCAACAGCCUUGUUAGCAGCUACUCACACUCACAGGCACAGGAGUUCCUCCCAAUCCCAGACCUGAGUCACAGUCUCCUUGGUGACCUGGGUGAACUGGGUGAACUGGGGGAGCCCUCUCCUUGCAGCAUCGCAGAGAACCUCCGCAUCGAGCUCGACCAGUCCGAACUCAGACAGCAGGAGCUUCUGGUCCGAGUUCAGGAGUUGGGGAAAGAGGCUGCUGAGCUUAAAGGUGUGGUUAAAGACCUUGAAGGCCAGCUAUCGGCUGUUCAGAAGUCUUCUGCCGUAUCUACAGCUGCAGCUCAGAGUAACCAAGCAACAGGCAACCAGGAGAGAGAAAAUCACCAUCAGACAAUAAACGGAGAACUUCAAGACAGAAUCACAGCUGCUGAGAACAAAAAUAUGGAGCUUCUCUCCAAGUUGGAUGAGGCUCUUAAAGAAAAGGGACAGCAAGCAGCCAGCUACUGCGACUCAGCCUGGAAGAUCCAGGAACUCCUGGAUAAACUGAAGAAAGCAGAGGAGGAGAGGUUGGAGACGAAAAGAGAGUCUGAGGACAGGGCCAGGCACUCUGAGCGUCUGUCCCAGGAGCUCAAACUCAGGGAGGAGGAGUUGAGGAGCAGCGAGGAGAAGCUGGCUCAGGUAAAAGCCGGAGCACACGACGAACAUGAGGAGGCGCUGAAGCGGUUGGAGGAGCUCCAAAGUGCAGUUGGUCGAAUCCAGGGGGCUCUGAGUUUGAAAGAGAAGGAGACGGGGAACUAUAGAGCCCAGCUUCAGGAUCUGCAGGCAUCACUGGAUGGCAGAGAACGGCAGGCGGAGGAUCUGAGGAGAAGACUGCAGGAGGAGAGGGAGGAGGUGGAGCAGAGAUGUAGCAUUAGUAGCAUCCAGAAUGAGGAGCUGGAGAGUCAGCUCCUGGAUGUAAGAAUCAUUCUAAAAAGCAGAGAGAAAGAGCUCACGGUGAGUUCAGAGAGAAUCAAGCAUUUAGAGGAGCAGCUAGAGAAGCUAAAUGUUGAAAAAGAAAGUCUGAGCUCGAGGCUUGCUGAUAAUGAAGUCGUUUCCUCUGAGAACCUUGAGGACUACAAAACACAAUGCAGCAGUCUCAUGGAAAUAAACACUAAGCUACUCCAAACAGUUAAAGACAGUGAAGGGAGCAUUAAAAAGCUGAGUGAGAGCAGAGCAGCCUUGUUAGACCAGCUGGCUUCAGUCAGGGCUUCUGAGAAGCACUUAAAGAGCCGAGUGGAGGCUGCUAAAAUGUGCGUGGAAGAUCGGGAGAAGAAGCUUUUAGACGAAAACCUGCAGUUGGAGGAGAUUGCCCAGAAGGUGCUCGUCCAGAAGGAAGUAGCUGACGCUCAAUUAAAGAAGCUAGAGCAGGAGAACAAGGAGAUUCUCGAGGUCCAGUCUUCGUUGAAGAAACAGUUAGCCUCAACUCAAACAGAAUUGGACUCAAUCGCUGCCAAAGCUGCAAAGUUGGACAAGAACCUCACAAUGUCCCAAAGAAGCCAAGCAGAGUUAGUUGAAAAACUCCAAGAAACCGAGUCUAAACUGAGAGAGCAGACUGUUGAAUGUGAGCGUCUGCAAGCCAGAGCAGAGGAGCUGGAGAUCAGGAGUGCGGAGCUGCACGAUGAAAAAGGAGCUGCAGAGAGCAAUGAAAAGAUGCAGAAGCUUCACGAUGAGCAUCAGACAUCCUCUGGGGAAACCAAAGAGGCCCCGUUCAGGCUGGUGAUAGCUGAGGCUCAACUGGAGCUCAACUUAAGGGAGGUGCACCGGCUCCAGGAGGAGGUGGUGGAUCUCAGGGCUCAACUUCUGGCAGGAACUGAGGAGAGGAUGAAGGUUCAGGCCCUGCAGGAGGUGACGGAGUCGUCCAGAGAGGACCUCCGUGUCUUAGCAGAGCAACUCAAAGGCCAGGUGGAGGAGCUAAACCGCCGGCAUGUGGAUGAGAUUCUCCGGUCCCGGGAGCGAGAAGAGGCUCUCGUCCGCGAGCGUGACGGCGAGGCUCAGGCCCGAGCAGGUCUGGCUGCAGAGGUGACGGCCUCCAGAGAGGACCUCAAUAUGCUGAAACUGCGUUAUGACGCCUUAUGUCUGGAGAACAGUGAAAUCAAGGAGGCGCUCCACAGAGCCAACACAGAAACAGCUGAGCUGGGUGUGCAUGUGUGCAUGCUAACCGCUGAGAACGAGGAGGCUCGUCUGCGCUGGGAGGGCCUGUCUACAAGGCUGCAGGAGCUGGACGAGGAGGGGGCCCAGGAGGCAGAGAGGCUGAAGACCUGCUUGGAGCAGCUGAGAGAGGAGAACCAGCAACUUCUCGGUCAGCUCCAAAACGAUGAAGGCUUGUUGGCAACCAAGCAGGAGCUCCAGGAGGAGCUGAGCAAGGCCCAACAGGAGGCUGAAGCUGUGCAGGAGGAGGUCCGCUCACUCCGCCUCCAGCUCAGCAGCCAAGACAUGAGCCACGACAGCCAGCUCCAGACUGUGAAUUCAGAGCUACAGGAAGUGAAAUUACAGCUGACGACAGAGCGGGAGAAAAUGGUUGACUCUGAGAAAAGAUUAAAACAGCUUGAGGCUGAGAAUCAGAGAUAUUGCCAACAGAUUGAGGAGAAAAACAUCCAGAUGGCCGAUUCUGAAAAUCUCAUCCGGCAGAAAGAAGACGAGAUAAUCCAUCUGAAAGGGAAUUUAUCAAGGUCCGAGGACGGGCUAGCAGCGGCUCAGCGGACCUGUCAGGAGAUGAGUGAAAAUCUACGGAAAGUCACACAGGACAAACAGAGCUUUGACCUGAAGACGGCUGCUGAACUCGAUGAUCUCUACCGAACCAAAAUCAAUUUGGAAGAAAGGCUUGUAGAACUCAUCAGGGAGAAAGAUGCACUGUGGCAGAAGACCGACGCCCUGGAGUUUGAGCAGAAACUGCGGGAUGAGGAGACAGAGAGGGAUGUCAACUACUGUCUGGGCUGUCACAGUCAGUUCAGCUGGUGGCUCCGCAAGUACAACUGCAGACUGUGUGGGCGUCCCUUCUGCUACUACUGCUGCAGUAACACAGUGAGCACCCAGCAGGGCGGCCACAGAGAGCGCUGCUGCAGCGACUGCUACAACCAGCACAGCGCGGUGGUGGAGCGCCACCCGCAGGAGGAAGUGACUCACAGCACGCCAGGGACGCCUUUCAGUCGUUUGCUGCAGGCUGGGAGAGCUGUGACACAUUUGUCAGGAGCAGAGGAAGGUGACAAAGCAGAUGAUGGUGUUUUUGACAUCAUCACAGAAGAGGAGGUGAGCGGGGUCUAUGACAGUGACUCCCUCUCUUUUGCCACCGCCUGCUCUCCUGGACACGGCCAGCAGGGGGCAGCACAGCUAAACAACAGUGCCAGUGCAGGAGACCUGACAUCAGAAGAAACAGAUGACCUCGGUGCGACAGUUCAGGACGCAGAGAUCUGCCUGCUGAAGUCUGGAGAACUCACGCUUUCUGUCCUCUUCACGGUGGAUGACAUCUCAGCGUUUGGGGACAGCUCCAGAGAGCUCUUCAUCAAGUCCAGCUGCUACAGCACCAUCCCCAUCAGCAUGAGCGGUCCCGGUCCCACCGUCUCCUGGACCUUCACCUCUGAGCCCAAGAGCAUCUCCUUCAGCGUGGUCUACAGGGAGAGCACAGACACUCCGCUGGAGCAGGCCAAGGUCCUGAUCCCACUGACUCGCUGUAACUCUCACAAAGAGACGAUCCAGGGCGAACUGAAAGUCAGAAACGCUGGAGAAUACACGCUCAUCUUUGACAACUCUUUCUCCAGGUUCAUCUCAAAGAAAGUGCUGUAUCAUCUGAGUCUAGACAAGCCUGUGGUCUACGAUGGAACUGACCUCCUCUGAGCGCCACAGGAAGGAGGACAAACAGGUGUGAAACUGUCUUUUGCAACUUUCAGGGUGUUUAAACUCAUGCGCAUAAUUUCAAAGAAACUGAUGUUCACCAACCUCGAGGAAAGGUCACGGCAUUUUGAAAAAAAAUGUCUCUCUCAGCCGGCAACUUGAUGGUGAGAUGUUACACAUCAGAUGAAUUCUGAUGAAAAGAGAAAACAAUGUUACACUAUUGAAUGUGGGCAUGCACUACCUUUAAUAAAAGCCUGACGUUGUUUAAAUAGAGCAUUAAGGUAUCAAAUUUAACUCUGACAUGACUGAAGGGUUAUUUGAAUGUGAAAAACUUAUUUUGUUCCUGUUAUUUGCCUCACCUCAUGAAGUAAUGCUACUGACUUUUAAAAUGGCAUUAACCUGCUCUCUACAUAGUGACAAAACAAUGGAAGUUACAGUUAAACUAAUCUAUUGUGUCUAUUAUGUGUAAUCUCAUGUUGGAUUACGCAUCAUUGUUUCGUACAUUUCCCAGAAAACGAAGUGAGAAAAUGUUUAUGGAUCAAAUGAAAAGCAGUCAGAAGGGACUGUUU